GUGUAAUGGUAACGACGACGACCGUGUAUAUAUGCGUGCGUGUGUGUGCGCGUACAUAAAUGCGUGCGUGCGUGCAUACAUGUGCAAGAAAGACGCGCUGGCGUACGAAACGCAGGACGUCCUCGUUCUACUCCGGGAUCCUGCGGUAGGCGCGUGCUCACUCCACUUGGGUGCCGUCGUUAUGUGUGGUGUAUGUGUGUGUGUGUGUGUAUGUGUGUGUAUGGUGUGUGUGCGCGCACUGCCGCCACCGGUCGCUCGGUGGGGGUAGAAACGAUUGGUGGACGCUGCGUCGAGUUAGACGCCGUGGAGAUCUCGCACGUCAGUCGCGCGGUGGCCGUCGUACUAAGCGCUACGCGGUUCUCGGUGUCGGUUGAAGACAAGCUCUGCUCCCUUAUACUGUUUUACCCUUCGUUCUCGUUUCACCUACGAUCUUCGUCGUAUAAGAGAUCACCUUCGUCGCUGUUCGCCUCGCCCCUUCUGGAAUCUUGGACAAGUCGAUUUCUCUCUCUCUCUCUCUCUCUCUCUCUAUGGGUUCUAAUCGGGAAAUCGAGGGCGCAUUUGCUCGACAUCGACGAGGAAAUAGUGCGACGCGCGGGAUUCUGUAAUGGCACAUCUCGGAGCGCGAGUUGGGCAGUUUACGCGAGACGUCAAUGUCAAGCGAAUAACACGACACGUUUCUCUACACAUCGGAAUGCGGGAUAUUGUAACGGAACGCGAUAUUAGUUUGAUGGCGUAUCAUCGUAAACGGAUAACAUUCUGAUACAGGGUUAACGUCUGUUAAGCGAUUUCGACGUGACGUGACUCUCUAAUCGUCGUGGAUCGUUCUAAAGAACCGAGCUGAGUACAGAAUUUAUUAGACAACGCUGCGAAUACAAUAGAAUAACUCUUCUUUUGUUGUAAGAGAAAUGUACUGAUUAUACGAAAACAAUACUCGCAUCGAACUUACCGUUUAAAUUUCAAAUCGAGUGAUUUUUUAAGGUGUAAAAAGUUUUGGAGUAAAAAAAUUUUCAUCGCGCGAUUAAUAAUUAUGAUAAUUCGAGAUCUGCCGACAAACUAUCGAUUAUCGUCGAUCUUUAAUGGGCGUUUGGUCGUGACGGUUCGUCGUUAAUCGAAUCGAAGCGAAUUUUGUAUAUCGCAAUUGCGAAACGAGUGAGACCUCAGUGACACGUUCCCCGGUCGGUCGUAUUAGACUUUCUAGUCGCGUGUAAUAAACGCGCGGCGGGCAAUAACCCGCAACCGGUGACGUGACGCGGAUGCGUGGCGUGUGAUGAUUAGGAGACAGGAAACCGGUACGAAAACCGAGCGCAGGCAACGAGUACGCUAAAGAUGCGUGGGCUCGUCGGUCGGCACGAGGAUCCCGGCGGAAGAACGCUGUCGUUGGCCCAUUACUGCCUGCUAUUGUUGCCAGUGUACCACGUGCUCGCCGUGACCAGCGAGCUGCCGCCGAGGCUCGAUUUGCCGGACCAUUGUACGUGGGAUUCGCGCCAGGAUGGCGCGCUCACCUGCCUGCAUCGUUACGCUGCCGGCAACGUCUCGCUCAGGACCAACUUUUCCCAGGCCACGAGCGAGUACGUGAGCGCUAUGAAUGUGGUUUGCGCGGGAGAGGAUCUCGAGGAGGGGAACGGUGUUUUCAGCGUCGACAGCUUCCUUCAUCUAUGGCGGCUGCGUUCGUUGAAAUUGACCGGAUGCAAGCUGGUGCACUGGCCGGCCAAGUUGUUCAGCGGUCUGCGCGAUCUACGUAAUCUGACUGUUAGAACGCUAAACGAGCGCAAGACCAAGUACAGUCUAGAACUGGAGAGCGGCGCAUUCGACAACACGCCGCAGAUCGAAAAACUCGACCUGUCAUGGAACAACAUCUGGCAGAUACCGGACCGUCUGUUUUGCCCGUUAUCGAACUUAGUAACUCUGAAUAUCUCGUGGAAUACGCUGAAGGAUAUUUCGGAGCUCGGAUUUCGCGAUUCCAGCGAGAAACUAUCGAGAUAUGAACAGGAAUCCACGUCGACGCCGUUUUCGUGUUCUCUCGACGUGCAGUCGCUGGACGUGUCAAACAAUCAGAUCUCUAUACUGCCGGAAUACGGAUUCUCAUCGUUGAAGCGGCUCAGAGUAUUAAAUAUGUCUAGCAACGUGAUCUCUAUGGUAGCCGACGAAGCCCUGCACAGACUCAGAUCCUUGGAGAGCCUUGAUCUGUCCGGGAACAGAAUCGUCGCUCUGCCGAAGGAGAUGUUCCGGGACGCGACCAAAUCGUUGAAGGAGUUGCGUUUGCAAAACAAUUCCAUCAGCGUGAUGUCGCCCGGCUUGUUGACUAACAUGAAUCAACUAGUCACCCUCGACUUGUCGAAGAACGUCCUGACGAAUUACUGGCUGAAUUCCUCGACUUUCUCCGGUCUGAUACGUCUCGUGCUCCUCAACUUGUCUCACAAUCGAAUCAGCAAGCUGGAUCCGGCACUCUUCAAGGAUCUUUACACUCUGCAGAUUUUAAAUCUUCAGUUCAACGAAAUAGAAGUGAUAUCGGCGGACACAUUUUCGCCGAUGAGCAAUCUGCACACUCUCGAGCUGGCCCACAAUCGUCUGACUUAUCUUGACGCUUACUCUCUGAAUGGAUUAUUCGCACUCUCCUUGCUGGCCUUGGAUUCAAACCUGCUCGAGGGAAUUCAUCCGGACGCCUUUCGGAACUGCUCGAGCAUGCUAGAUUUAAAUCUGUCCGGCAAUAAUCUCGAGAGCAUACCGGUAGCGUUAAAAGACAUGAGAAUACUGCGAACGCUCGAUCUGGGCGAGAAUCAAAUCAGGAACCUCAACAAUCCUGGUUUCCGAGGAAUGUCAAGCCUGUACGGACUAAGAAUGAUCGGUAACGAGAUUAUUAACGUCACGCAGGGGGAUCUCGUGGAAUUGCCGGCGCUGCAGAUCUUAAAUCUGGCCAGGAACAGAAUCGAAUACGUGGAGGACGGCGCGUUCACCGCGAAUCCGGCGCUGCAGGCGAUUCGAUUGGACUCGAAUUUGUUGCAAGAUAUGUCCGGCAUCUUUGCAAGCGCGCCCGGCCUCCUGUGGCUCAACAUGUCCGACAACAUGAUCGCGCUGUUCGAUUACAGCUACCUGCCUGAAAAAUUACAGUGGAUGGAUUUGCAUAAAAAUCUUAUUACCGAUCUUGGCGUCGCGUCACGGAGUGUGAGGUUGCAGACUCUUGACGUGUCGUUUAACCGGUUAACGAAAAUAAACUCGCGCUCGAUUCCGGAUUCCAUCGAGCUACUGUUCGUCAACGAUAAUCUUAUAUCAUCCGUGGAACCGCAGACCUUCUUCGGCAAGACGAAUCUCACUCGAGUGGAUCUCUACGCGAAUCUGAUCGUCAAUAUGAACCUCUCGGCGCUUCAGCUUACUCAGGUGUCGCCUAACCGGCAACUUCCGGAAUUCUACAUCGGGGGAAAUCCCUUUAUAUGCGACUGCACCACGGAGUGGUUGCAGAGGAUCAAUUCGCUGGCGCUGAGACAGCAUCCGAGGGUGAUGGAUCUCGAGUCCGUUUAUUGUAGAUUACGGUACGAUCGUCACAAGUCGUUUAUACCUCUGCUAGAGGCUAAGCCAUCGCAAUUCCUGUGCACUUACAAGGCGCACUGUUUCGCCCUCUGUCACUGCUGCGAUUUUGACGCUUGCGACUGCGAGAUGACGUGUCCCACGAACUGUACUUGUUAUCACGAUCAAUCUUGGUCGGCGAACGUCGUCGAUUGCUCCAGCUCGGGCUACAAAACUCUGCCCGGUCGAUUGCCGAUGGACGCGACGGAAGUUUAUCUCGACGGCAAUAAUUUCGGAGAAUUAAAUUCGCACUCGUUUAUCGGCCGCAAAAACUUGCAGAUUCUUUACGCGAACGACAGUAACAUCAUCGCGAUCCGCAAUCACACCUUCAGCGGUCUGAAGAGGCUGCUGGUGCUUCACCUGGAGAACAACAAGAUAAGCGCGCUCAACGGCAUGGAGCUGAUGCCGUUGGAAAAUCUGAAAGAGCUCUACCUGCAGAACAAUCUGCUGACGUACAUCGACAACGGUACAUUCCUACCGCUGCGUCAGCUGGAGGUUCUUCGUCUGGAGAACAAUCGGCUCGGCACAUUCGCCCUCUGGCAGCUGGGACAGAAUCCGUAUCUGGUCGACAUCGGUCUCUCCAGCAAUCCGUGGAGCUGCGAAUGCUCGUAUCUGGAUCUCGUGCGGGAGUGGAUGGCCCGCAACCGGGCGAAGAUCAACGACUGGCAGAGCGUCACCUGUUCCCUCGGCGUACCUAUAACUCUUCCAGCGAACGGAUCGGCCAUAAAUUGCGCGGCAUUAACCGGCACGACCUCCGUCGUCGAGACACGUCCGCUCGAGGCUUAUCUGCCGCUGCUGCUCGCCACGAUCGUGCUGAUUUUCGCGACGGUGGCGUUGGUGUGCGGCGCCUUUCGACAUCGCCGUACCUUGAGAACCUGGGCGGCCAGCAGGUGCGGCCUACGGGCGUGCUACAAGACCGCCGCGUUCGAAGAUCAGGAGAAGCCGUUCGACGCUUAUAUCUCGUACUCUGCCGUCGAUGAAGCCUUCGUCUCGACGAUCCUCGUGCCGGGCCUCGAAACCUCGUACAGGCUGUGUCUGCAUUAUCGCGAUCUUGGCGCCGGCAGCAACGUGGCUGACGCCGUGGCCGAGGCGGCCGACUCCUCGAGGCGCACCAUCCUCGUACUGUCGAAAAACUUUCUUCACGGCGAAUGGUCCAGAUUCGAGUUUAAGGCGGCCCUGAGAGACGCUCUCAAGGGUAAGGGCCGCUCGGUGAUUUUGCUGCUGGUAGGCGGUGUGUGCCCGCGAGAUCUCGACUCCGAUCUCAAAAAGAGGAUCUCGUCGCACACCGUGCUAGUAUGGGGGGACAAGCUGUUUUGGCAGAAGCUAAGGUUCGCCAUGCCGGAUGUGUCGCCCGUUCCCGUUCUAGAGAGACCACUGCCACUGCCGCCGCCGCCGCCACCCCCUAUGCAUCAUCAAUGGACGUAGAGCUGCUGUAAUUUAGAUGUGUGAACUGUUCCCAAAAAUAUUAUUGAAACGCGUUACGUAAGGAGUGACCGGAAAUCGCAGUGAGGAAAGGACUCCUGACUAUCGCGACAUUUCUCUCUCUACUUAUUAUCAGAAGCAUUUCUUACUAUUGCAAUGUACCCGUAACACGGUGUCCGAAUAAAUAAGCGAUUAUUCGUAUUUUUGAGAAUCGUGAUAGCUUCGUAGUGUGCAAAUGUAAUUAGCGCGAGAAACAGAAAAGAAAAAAAAAUCUUGGAGCAUACUGCCUGUAACUCGUAUUGCAACGAAACGUAACGUUUUUUCCUCUUUCUAACUCGAGACGAUAGUUUAAUCGACGAUAUCGAUUUAUUAAUAAAAAGUUCAUCGGUAUUGAAGUUCUCUUGUUUGAAUCGAAAACGGAGAUCGAUGUACAUAGCGAGAGUUUUGUAUAUUUGUAAAAUAGAUAGGGCAUUUUAUUAUUAUACAUAUAUAUAUAUAUAUAUAUAAACAAUAAAGUUAUUUAUAUAUAUUUUAAUCAACAAAAGAGCAAGCGUGUACUUCUUUCUCUCAUCCUGGCACUCUCGCGCGAAUUCACCGCGUCUUGAUUGUCUCUUGGUUCAAGCAAACGGACCGACAUCGGAAGAUUGCGACGACUUAAUCUAAAAUUCUAUCAGAGCCGUUGUGUUGUACAAUGUAUAAUCCAUUCUGUACAAAGUUGCGCGCGAAAGAAUUUAAUGUCGUCAAUCGCCGGCGUGUUGUACGGCCGAUUCUCGUAUUUUGUAUUCCGUUGUGUAUCGAACCUUUUUCCGCUGAACUCUCCGGUGGACGAAGCCGAGGAAUCCCGCGCGCGCGGCGCCAGGAGCAUUAAAUAUUAUUACGUCCGGCGCGCGUUACAUUUGCCGCCGAUGGUGCGCGUCGAUGAUUAAUAGGGAUACUCGACGUAGCGUGACGUCGAGUAAUAUGUGUGCGCAUUGUAACAAUAACGAGAGUAUGAGAGGCAUAUAUAAUAUCGCGGAUGGAUUAAUUAGUACAAAUUACUGCGGUAUCAAUUCUCUUGCCUGCACAAGCACAAGUGGCGUACAUAUAUGUAUAUAGUCUCUCUCUCUCUCGCACGCGCGGACGGUAAAUUAAUAAUUCCAUUAGAUCGCGUCUUGCGACGCGAGUACACAGAGAAAAAGAGAGAGAGAGAGAGAGAGCACCGAUUGAAAAAUCGAAACUAUUUGUGUAAAUAUUAAUUUUCUCUGCUGUAUUUCUCUCCCGAGAUGUGUUGUGUACUAUAAUUGUAUUAAAUACCGAUGUUUCCUUUGUAAAUGUCGCUCCCUGCGAUCGGGCGGCGGCAAUUAACGGUGAUUACUUGCAUUUCGCAAUAAAAAGGCUGAAGUGACU